AUGCUGUGCUGCCCCUGGGCCAAUGUAUUCCUGUCGUACAUGUUCGUGAGGAGGAAAUUCAGUCCGAGGAUCACAGGCAUUGAGCCCACUCUUAAGAGCGUCCCUUGUUAUUAUACUCGGACCGAUGCACGAUCCAGGUUCCAACGCUGGCUGACGAUCCGAGUCAACGACUGCAGCUCGUGCAAUCGGUUCCUUCCGUUCGCUUACGUCGAGGUUCGAGGUGUACUAUCUCGUACCCAGGGCACGGCACUGCGACCUCUAAGCCAUCGCCAAAAGGGGAACAGAACUGCGCAAGCAUAUUCUCCACGAAGCAGGCCGCAAAGACACGAGUCUUCCUCAGCGCCGCCGUCGUCAGUGCUCUUCUAA